AAACCGUGAUCCAAAUCUCAUUGUCGACGGUAUCCCAGAGACUGAUCAAAAUGCCUACCCCAUCUGUUCAAACGGCUGAGAAGGAACACCCCGCCGCCACUGCCGGUCUUGCCAUACCCACAUAUGAUACCACACGCGUCUCUUAUUCGACCCCGCCAGCCAUGAAAAGCCUCACAGCUACCCAAGACACCAAUUACCACUCGUGAACCACCGACGCGCCCCAUGCUUGGCCAACAUGUAUCUGAAACAGGUGAACGCCAAAGAAAAAGAAAAUAACGCUCAAAAGGCAUGUUUGCAGAUGAUCUAGAGCGUAAAAGUUCAGUUAAGGGUGUGGGCGAAUGAACAAACGAGGAGGUAUAAGAGUGCAAUGGGGGAGCAAUCAGCUCGACUGGCCAUUCCUUUUGUGGAGUACGAUACCGAUUGAUCAAAAAUUCGUCGAAGCAUUCCCACGUCUACGAAUGAGAUGCAAGAAGAGGAGGAUGGAUGGUCCAGGCAAAUGAACAUGGUCAGCUUUCCCUGCCAAAGACAAUCAACACUGGUCUAUACUUCACUGGUACCAACGAAUAUCCACCACAUCUGAUAAUAUGGAAGAGGGAGAUGCAUUGUCUGGCUGGAGCAACCAUGUUAGGUACGUACGUCUUGUCGUAAGUAAACUAAGUUGAAAGCAAAGGUCGGCCUACUUACCGUCGUCAACCC